GGAGAGGGGUGUCACUGGUCAUUGCAGUUCGCUGCCCACAGAGCUUCUUGUCAUCAUCUUCAGGAAACUGUCAAAUGAAGAUAGGGGUUCCUGCUGUCAAGUCUGUAAAAAGUGGAGAGAGGUAAUCAUCUCUGAGCCCUCCAUGUGGCACAAGUUCGAGGUCACUGUCCGUCCUGGCUGGAACUGGAAAAAAACCCGCUCAUUUUUUGGUCACAAAGGCCCCAGAUUGUACCAACAUGUCAGACACCUUGUAAUCAACUUGGACAGAAGAGCACAAGCACCACAAACUGUUGAUGCGCCUCAGGCAAACGCUGUUCUCAGCUCAGUGUCCAAACUUUUGCGAGCCUUGCCUGAUGACAUGACACUGAGAAGUUUCUGUUCCCGGGGUUUCAAGUAUUACAGAGCUAGUAAAGACUGGAAAAGUUAUGUCAUCUGUGAACUAUGUAAAUUUCUGAGACCUCAGAGGAGAUUUUUAGAGCAUAUCGAAAUCACAUUCGAAAAUAUGACCGACGAGAUAAUCAAGACCCUGGAGUUUUCCUGCCCUCUACUGAGACGCCUUACGAUUCGGUUUGAUUUAAGUCUUCAACCCUCUCUUGAAGACCAUAUCUCCCUGCUGAAUCAGAAUGAGGUUGUGGACAAGAACCCUGACUUGCGGGUCGUGUUGUGGCUCACGGUGGGGGAUAGCGUAUAUGAGUACCUCAUGAACGAGAGCGUGUAUCUUAUUCAAUUACCCGUCGAGGGACUCGUUGUCGAUGUCUACAGUCUGCACACGGAAACACCCGUUGUCAAUCGUUACCUCGACUUGAUGACCACACUAUACGGAAACGACCUAACUUUCCUGGAGUGGUCGUGUGUGGUGCGGGGCAGGUGGUGCUAUGGCCAAGCUUUGGUGAACCUAGUGAACAAGUGUCCCAGACUGGCCUCCAUCUCACUGAAGAACAUCACUCUCGAUCUGGAAACAGCGACAGCCAUCAGUGCCUGCAGCGGCAGUGCCGAGCGAGGGAAGAUAAAGCUGCGAGUGGGAGGAAUCUGUGGCAGCAGUGAGGCAUCAUCCAAUGCACGGGAAGAAGGCAUUCGACAGUUGAAGCACAGUCUCGAUCUUCAAGUAGUUAUGUAAGACUAAGCUUCUUGAAAAAAGUUAAAGUGUGAAAAAAUGAUUGUAAUACAUUCACACAGGACCACGAAGUGAUUAGAAGAGCACGCUGAUGUCUUAGUCGGUAAAAAUGAAGCUGUCAAUGAUCAGAUUUCUGUUGAACACAUACCGUGGGUUACAUCUUUAAUAACACAUUUAAUUUAGAAAGUAUAUAUCUGUGUGAAACUAUAUAAACUCACAGUUUA